AUGCACUUCUUCAAAACCACUGCGCUCCUCGCAGCCCUCGCCUCUCUCGUCGGCGCAGCUCCAGCCUCGUCCGCAGCGCUAUCGCCAUCUCCAUCCCCAUCAUCCUGCACAACAGUCUACCCAACCAUCGCGCGAGUCGACGAGUCCCUCCCAACAGCCUCCUAUCUCUCCGGCUUCCACGUCUCACAAGAAAACACCGGCUCCAACAAACAAGACGUAUUCGCCGAAUUCACCAUACCCGAAGGCGUCUGGGGGUGCACACUCUCCUACUACUUCCCAGCCGGCGAACCAGUCCACCGCAUCGGGCCGGGGGCGGCACCACCAGCCGUGGAGGUGUUCUCCGUUACGGGCGCCGGCCCAUUAAGUCGCACGCCUGCCGGGAUCGAUAUCUCGUGGGACAAUAGCCCGGCGGCGAAGAGCCUUGUUGGCAGUGUGCAGUUUGAGUCGAGUCCGUGGCAGGCGACGAGGCGGGUGGUUAAUAGCUUUGCUUGUGAGGGGACGAUGGCGUACAGGCUGAGUGUUUCGGCGGGGCAGAUGGGGAAGGCUGGGGUGGAAUUUGUGCAGAGUGAGGCGGCCGGGUUGAGGAUGAGUUAUAAUUGUUGA